AUGUUACAUCCCCCCUCUCCAUUGGCCAUACGCACUCAGGAUGCACAGCGGUUCAUUGUAUUUUCCUACUUUGUCCCUGCUGAGUGCCCAGUUUCCACAGAGGCCACUGCAGAUGUAUCUGCUGGUAAAAGAGAGGACUUGUCGACAGAUACACAUCUUUCCUCAAUGCUGCAUCGAUACCUGCCACACUUCUUUAAUGAUGACUCCAUUCCACCACAGCAGACAGUAGAGGGAACCACUGAGGACUCAGAUGCUCCAGUGGCAAUAUCUAAUAUCAAGGAAGAGGACAUAUUCUAUCCGUUCUCCCUCCCACCACUGGCUCAGCGGUUCAUUGGCAAUUCAUUCAAUGUCCCGGAAACAUCCCAGCCUGCUGUUUCAGCCACAGAGUGCCGAGUUGCCAAAGUGGACACUGCAGGUACAGCCACUGUCAAGAGAGAGAACCGAUGGGCAGCUAGAAUUCUUCCUUCAGUGCUGCCUCCAUGCCUGCCACCAGUAGUUGACAAUGACUUCAUGCCCCUAGAACACACAGUAGAGGAUGCCUAUGAGGUCUCAUUUGCUACAGAGGCCACUUCAGGCAGAGCUACUGUUGAUGGAGUGGACAGAUCAGCAGCUAAAUGCCCUGUCCCAAUGCUGCCUCCAAGUCUGCCACUUGUCUUUGACAUUGACUACAAACUGCCAGGGACGGCAGUAGAGGGAACCAACAAGUGUCCAGUUGCCAGUGAAGCAGCCGCUUCCGUGUCUACUGUCCUCCAAGAGGAGUUUUUGGCUGAUAAAGGUCCUCCUGCACCCACAGCACUGUCUCUAAGGCUGCCCUGCACCCACAACAUUGACCACAAACAGCCAGAGGAGACAGUUGAGAACACCACAGAGUGCUCAGUUGACAUAGAGGCAUGUGCAGUUGCAUCCACUGUCAAGAGAGAGGAAAUGAUGGGUGAUAAAAGCCCUGUCCAUGCACUUCCUCCAAGCCUGGCAUGCAUCCAUGACAAGGACCACAAGCAGCCAGAUCAGAAAGGAAGGGGCACUAUUGAGGAGGUGGAUAUCUGCCCUCAUGUUCACCAGCUGGUCUCAGAUGCUAAAUUAACUCUGGCAACCUGCAAUGAUGAGCCGCCCACCCCUCUGAUCUGCGAGGUCACAAAGAUGCCUGUUAGAGUUGGAGCCUCCAUAUGCAGUUCAGAGGAUGAGGAACCCAGGCCCUGGACCCUGGAAGAGGUAAAGGAUUAUUGGAUAGGCAUUGAAAAUGAGAGUGAAGAGAGAAGUGUCACUGAGGAGAUGAGCCCGAGGGAGGGAUUGAAGAGUGAGGCGGAUUGUGCCCAUUCCAAGUGCUCCAAUGGGACGGUUUCAUCAGAGAGAGCAGAGUCCAUCCUGGGAAGAGUGGGCUUUCUGCUCAUGAACCACAUGCAGAAAAUCCCGUUCCUGAAGAUGGAGGAAAAAGAGAAAAACAGAAUUAAGAAAGAGAAGAAGUGUUCUGAGGAGCUAAAAAAGAGAGAGAAAGCUCAAGCUGCAUUCUUGGAGAUGGAGAGAAAGAUUCAAGAAAAGGAGGAGAAGAAGAGUGAAAAGAUGAGGAAGAGACUGGAGAAGAAGAGGAAGAGGGAGCCAGCUGGAGGUUGA